AUGGUUGUCAAAAUUAGACUUGCGCGCUUUGGGCGCACAAACGCGCCGUUCUACAACAUCGUCGUCGCCCACGCUCGGACCGCGCGCAACAGCCGUCCGAUUGAGGUCAUUGGCACUUACGAUCCUAUUCCGAAGAAGGACCCCUACGACGACUCGGGGAGGCUGCACAAGGACGUCAAGCUGGACACGACGAGGGCAAAGUACUGGAUCGGCGUGGGCGCCCAGCCGACAGACACCGUCUGGAGGUUAUUAUCCAUGGUCGGCAUCCUCCCACCCAAGUACCGGCCAGCGGCCCCAAGCAGU